AUGACGCAGCACGAAGCAGUUUUGCGGGGAUACUUAUCAAAGUACAAACAUCCAAAUGAAACAAGACAAGAUAUUCUAAACACUUUAAUACAGUACAAAGAUUUGAGACCAUCGCUCAGCCCAUUUGGUGGUAUAUACAAUAUACCAAUUUCAAUAUGGGUUUUGGACACUCAUCCUUACAACCCACCCAUGGUGUUUGUCAAACCAACAAGCACCAUGCAGAUAAAGCCUGGCCGUUACGUUGAUGCAAAUGGUAAAGUGGACAUGCCUUUCAUACGAGAAUGGAGACAUCCAACAUCUGAUCUUCUUAGCCUAGUACAGAUUCUCACCUUCACCUUCGGAGAAGAAUGCCCUGUAUUUUCAAUAGCCGCAGGACAAAGACCGCCACCAAUGCCAUACCCAGGUCAGACACCAUAUCCGCUGAAUCCGGGAGGAAUGCCAAUGGCUGGCUUGCAGUACCCUCACGCUGGUGGCACAGGAGCUCCUGGUUAUCCCCCUGCUUCUGGCUAUCCAUAUCCACAAGCUGGGAACUAUUCCAAUGUCAGCAACCCACCCUACCCUAGCUACCCUCCACAAAACACUGGGUACCCUCCACCCUACCCACCCACCACUUCGGCCCUUCCUUACCCGAACACACAGCCUCAGAGACCAACAAACUAUACUGGUGCUGAUUUGGGCUAUCCUCCAUCACAGUUUAACAGCCAGCCUUCUUACCCUGCCGGAAACAGUGUUGCUGACGGUGUAAGACCUACGAUAACUCCUACUGGUACUGUUACGGAAGCAGACUUGAGAGCAUCUUUGUUGUCUGCUGUAGAAGACAAGAUGAGAUGGAGACUGAAGGAGACUUUUGCUCAAGCACAGGCAGAGAUGGAUGUGCUGUAUAAAACACAGAAGGAUUUAAGCGAAGGAAAGCAGAAGUUGGAGACAAUCAUUUCAGAGUUAGAAAAGGAGAAGGACGAAAUCAAUAGAAACAUUCAGAUCUUGCAAGACAAGGAUAAAGAAGUGAAAGAGGCCAUUCAGAAACUAGAAGGGCAGCAUGAUUUGAACAUUGAUGAUGCUGUUGUUACAACAGCACCUUUAUACAGACAACUAGUAGAUGCUUUCGCAGAGGAACAAGCCAUUGAAGAUGCAAUUUAUUAUUUAGGAGAGGCCCUGAGGAAAAAUGUCAUUGAAUUGGAGUCAUUUUUGAAGAAAGUGAGAGAACUUUCUAGAAAGCAAUUUAUGCUGAGAGCAACAAUACAGAAAUGCAGGGAGAAGGCUGGACUUCCUCCAUUGGCCUGA